AUGCCUCCCAGAACUCGAUCUGCUGCACGUGCUGAGAACGUUUCCAGUGGUGCGGACACGACAGGUAUAUCCUCGACUGGGGGCACUGCUUCGAGGAAGCGUAAGGCCACUACGCGACGAGGUAAACCUCGCGACGAACCUGAGCCUCCUUCCCAACCCAGUUCACCACCGAGGAAGGUAAAGAGACAACGUACAGCAGCUGCCACCACUUCGAGCACCGCUCCUUCAGCUCCUGCUCCCCCGUCCUCUGCUACUCCUCGAUCACGCCAACUUUCUCGAAAUCGUCCGGCCAUGUCACAGCCUGGCCCCUCAUCACAACCAUCUGAUGAAACUUCCAGAGUUCGAGCUUCCUCUUCUAAUUCUAGAAGGAAAUCUGGGCGAAAUGGCAAAUCAUCUCGUCGAGACAAGGAUGUCCUUCCCACUAGCAUAGAAAAUCAUACCAGCCAGUCGCCGCACCGACGAUCGAAAAAGCGUUCUCCUAAACAUAGUGCAGACGUGCCAAUGAGGGAUACUGACAGUCAAGGGAGCGAGGCUGAUCCUCCGAAGGAAGACGCGGACGACCAAUCUUCACAACCGAGUGAGAGUAAUGACGACAACCAUACAGCGGGGCUAAUGGAUGAAGAUGAUGGAGACCCGUUUCGCAACGUGUUUGGGUCUCGCACUCCGUUGGGCCUGCAAAAUACUCUUCGAGCUCUUACAGGCAUGAUGACCAGCAUGUCCUCUCGGUUGCGUGAGAUUUUGGGUCAAUUAAGGAUGAAAGAAGAUCCAUCCAUACAGCUAAUCGCUUUACAAGAACUCUCUGAUCUGCUGCUCGUUUCGAACGAAGACAAUCUUUCCGGUCAAUUCUCGCCAGAUUCAUUUGUUAAAGAGCUAGUCAAACUUAUGCAGCCAAGUGAAACUGGUGAAGAAAACCCCGAGAUUAUGCUUCUGGCCUGUAGAUGCCUUGCCAAUAUGAUGGAAGCUCUCCGAGGAUCGGUUACGAAUGUUGUCUACGGCGGAGCAGUUCCAGUGCUAUGCCAGAAACUGCUCGACAUCCAAUUCAUUGAUCUGGCUGAACAAGCCCUUAGUACUUUGGCAAAAAUUUCCGAGGAUUUCCCUGCAUCUAUCGUUCGUGAAGGCGGACUCACUGCUUGCUUGACCUAUCUAGAUUUUUUCCCAACGAGCACUCAACGCACAGCUGUUACCACGGCAGCGAACUGCUGUCGAAGUCUCCCUGGAGAUUCGUUUCCUGUUAUUCGGGAUGUAAUGCCGACACUGUUGAAUGUCUUAUCGAGCAACGAUCAGCGGGUGGUUGAACAGGCCUGCCUAUGUGUGUCUCGAAUUGUUGAGAGUUUCCGGAAUAAACCCGAAAAGCUAGAAGAGCUCAUUGAACCGGCUAUGCUGAAGGCGAUCCUUCGACUUCUUGUACCUGGGACGACAAACUUGAUUGGACCACAUAUUCAUACUCAAUUUUUGCGAGUUCUCGGCAUCGUCGCUCAAGCUAGCCCCCGGUUAUCUGUCGAAUUACUCCGAAUGGAUGUUGUGGACACUCUCUACCAAAUACUUACCGGGGUUUCUGCACCGCGCGACGAUGACGAUACCGGUGUCAAGGUCGACAAUGUUGUUAUCAUGCAGGCAUUAGUUCACCGUCCCCGCGAGCAAGUCUUUGAGACUCUUGGCGUGAUAUGUGAAUUGCUUCCUGGGUCCCAGAGCCUGCAAGGUCCUCUGUCACGCUUUGACAACGCCUUAACCAUCAAUCUACAAUCACGAUUUGCUCCUAUACGUUCCUCGUCCAAACUGCAAGAAUCAGCCGAUAAGCGGCGUGAGUUGCUUGCGGGCUGUAAACCUGAACUGAAACGAUUUGCUAUGGUGCUCCUGCCGACUCUAACCGACGCGUACUCCAGUACUGUCAACCUAGGUGUUCGGCAGAAAGUCCUUUUGGCACAGCUCAAGAUCAUUCAGGAAAUUGACGCACAUGUACUAGAAGAUGCUCUUCGAGCAGUCCCAUAUGCAUCUUUCCUGGCGGCAAUUCUCUCGCAGCAAGAUCAUCCACUAUUAGUGUCAUAUGCUCUGCAAUGUGCCGAGUUGCUCUUUGAACGAUUACCAGACAUCUAUCGGUACCAAUUCCAUCGAGAAGGCGUCAUAGCUGAAAUUGCCGAGCUGGCUGCGAAACAAUUAUCCACCGAGAAGGCAUCAUCCGAAGUCAAAUCGUCAACCGAAAUUACUGUUCCAAUCCAUGCUACAGAACAAUCUGAUUCACGAGCCACAAGUGAAGCUCCAAGCGCAUCACAAAACGAUAGUGAAGACGAAGACAAUGAUGACGACGAUGAAGACGACGAAGACCAAGAUGAGGAUGACGAGGAAGACGAUGACGAAGAUCAGGAUCGUGACAACGACGAUGCUUCGGAAUCAGAGAGCGAAUCAUCUUUCAAUGCUCCUCGACCAGUGAAUCAGAGCAUGGAUGAUAUGAUGCAAGACCAUGUUAUCACGACUGCCCGAAACUUCGUUCGCCUCUAUGAGCAAGCGCAAAGCACAGAUACAAUGGCGGAGAAAGCGAAUAAGAUCCUCAAAGAUCUGCAGGCCUUAGCCUCCAAGAUUAAAUCUACACAUGAGGCUGGGAGGGGAAGAGAUUUCACUCCCGUAUUUGAGUCUCUGGCGUCUUACUUUGAUGGUGACGCUGUAGAGAGCAUCACCAGCACCGAGCUUCUUAGAUCUGGUAUUAUCGAUGUGCUAGUAGAAAGCUUCACAUCGUCCAAAUCCACAUCCGCCGCCCGUGUCAGCUUCCUUAAGGCAUUUAUGGGCACUAUAGUUUCUCAAAAAUCCCUGCAAGGGUCCGUCUCCACGCCGUUCAGCAAAUUAAUUCACAAACUGCAUGAUCUUCUCAGCAGGACCGAGCAUUUUGAGGUGAUUACUGUCGGCCACAACUCUCUUGAACUUACAAGGAGCAAUGCAACAUAUAUGCUUGGCAAACAAGUUCGCCUUAGGUUGGUUGCUGAUGAGGGAUCAAAUAUCCCCAGACCAUACAAAAAUAUUAUGGUCUCAAUUCAUGCAAUUGCUACCUUCAAAUCGCUGGAUGACUUUUUGCGACCUCGGAUCAGUCUGUCUGAGCGCCCUAGGCCGUCACGUAAUCUCGACUUUUUGUCACAACUUGCCAACGCUGACCGGCUGCGUGAAUCCCUUAAUUCCAGCCAGAGCUCGACAGAAAACAACCCUUCUUCGCGAGCAGAUACUACAUCACAUCCAGGCCGUCGUCAGGGCAUUCCUAAGGAAAUACUUUCAGCGCUACGAGGUGAACUCGAUGGACGAGAUGGGACCCACCGAUUUAGUAGAACCCAACCAUCGCAUCCAGCUGAUGAGGAAUCGGGCGAUGAUCGUCCUCUGGAGUGCGCCGAUGAGAAACAAUUAAGUGAGGAAGACGAUGAUGAAGACGAAGGCGAGGACCAUGACGAAGAAUUGAACGCCAUUGUGGAUGAUCUUGAUGAUGAACUCUCGGAUGCUCCUGGCCCAGAACCCACCGCAGUCAAUAUGGAAAUUGCGUCUAGUGGAAAGGUUACCGCGCGCAAGGAAGAUGGAACCCGCGUUGCCACGCCGUCUCAAUCCCAAGAUCUUGGUCGUGGCUCUUCCUCCGCAGUGAAUAACGAUCUCCCUGCUAUGGGAGGCGAUUCUCUGGCUAUGGCAGGACGGCCUUUCUCUUCAUAUGCUGCUGCUGUAGCGUCGGUUCCACAAGAUUGGCACAUCCAGUUUAGCAUCGAUGGAGAACCAAUCACAAACGAUACGACAAUCUAUCGUGCUAUUCACCAUAGCCGAGCACACAACGAGGAUGGCGGUCGGAAUGUUUGGACUUCCGAACAUACCGUGCAGUUCAAACGGAUGCCCGGUCCUCCACCGCCAGAGGCAUCGUCCCUUCCCUCUGUGUUCCGUAACACAGGUGCUAAGGAUGAACAGACUGGUCUGCCCCUAUCCCUGAGCAAGGAACACACUACCGGAUCAAUCUUACAGCUAUUGCGAGUCCUUCACGAGAUGAAUGCUCAUCUUGACGACCUUCGUGCCGAGAACCAGGAAUUGACUGCUAUCAAAGCAGAGCCAGUGGCACAAUUCAUCAAUAACAAACUGACCGCUAAACUGAAUCGACAACUAGAGGAACCGUUGAUCGUGGCUAGUAGCUGUCUGCCCAAUUGGAGCGAAGAUCUUGCUCGUGAAUUUCCAUUCUUGUUCCCAUUCGAGACGCGCCAUCUUUUCCUCCAAUCAACCGCCUUUGGUUACUCACGAUCAAUGAUGCGUUGGCAGAAUUCCCAACCGGAGGACAGCCGACGUGACCUCCGUCGUGAUGACCGCCCAUUCCUCGGCCGUCUGCAGCGCCAAAAGGUGCGAAUCUCUCGCUCUCGUAUUCUUGAUUCUGCGAUGAAAGUGAUGGAGCUAUACGGAUCCUCUGCCAGCAUUCUAGAAGUUGAAUACUUUGAGGAAGUUGGCACCGGUCUCGGACCGACUCUAGAGUUUUACUCGACAGUCUCUAAAGAGUUCUCAAAGAAGAAACUCAAGAUCUGGCGGGAAAAUGAAUCUGCGGACAAGAACGAGUAUGCUUUUGGCAAGCAUGGGUUGUUCCCAGCGCCUAUGAGCGUCCAACAAGCGGAAUCCGACCCUGGCAAGAAGCAACUUCAUUUGUUCAAGUCUCUCGGAAAAUUCGUAGCACGAUCUAUGCUUGAUUCACGAAUUAUCGACAUCAACUUCAACCCUACUUUUUUCCGUGUAGGCACCAACGGUUUUGUUCCAUCUUUGGGUGCCGUCAAGACAGUGGAUGAGUCCCUCGCAAACUCGUUGCAGCUUGUCAAGCGAUUCGCAAAAGUCAAGUCCGAGAUAACACAAGAUGCGUCCCUUACAGCGGGUCAGAAAAUUAUGGCCAUUGAAGAAUUAGAGAUUGAUGGGGUUCGAGUCGAAGACUUGGGGUUAGACUUUACACUACCAGGUUACCCAACAAUUGAGCUUAUCGAAAAUGGUUCCAAUAUCAAUGUGGACCUUGACAAUGUCGAGUUGUAUCUAGAUCGUGUGAUCGACUUUACGUUAGGAAAGGGGGUAGAACGUCAAAUCGAGGCAUUCCGUGCUGGGUUUUCGCAGGUGUUCCCAUAUUCGGCACUACGGGCUUUCACGCCAAAUGAGCUAGUGAUGCUCUUUGGGCGAAUUGAGGAAGACUGGUCCAUGGAGACACUGAUGGAUUCCAUCAAAGCGGAUCACGGCUUCAACAUGGAUAGCAAGAGCGUACGAAACUUGCUACAGACAAUGAGUGAACUAGACCCUCAGCAGCGGCGAGACUUUUUACAAUUUGUUACUGGUAGCCCGAAGCUUCCAAUCGGAGGCUUCAAGAGUCUCACCCCAAUGUUCACAGUUGUGUGCCGUCCCAGCGAACCCCCAUAUACACCAGACGAUUACUUGCCAAGUGUCAUGACCUGCGUGAACUACCUUAAACUACCCGACUACAGCAGCCUAGAAGUACUCCGUCAGCGCCUCCUUAUAGCCACCAAAGAAGGACAAGGAGCAUUCCACCUGUCAUGA